AUGGGGGAGCUGCUGGGCCUGUGCGUGCUGGCUGCGCUGCUGGGCACAGGGGGCGCCAUCUCCUGCUAUAACUGCACCAGCUCGGAGGGCUACAACUGCACCACGAACCAGGCCACCUGCACCAGCGCCGUCAACAGCUGCACCACCAUCGCCCGCGACGAGGAGCAGGGGGACGAGGACAAGGAGAAGACGGUGUACGAGAAUAAAUGCAACUCGGACGACCGGCUCUGUAACCAGUUCUACGGGCUGACGGCCGGCGCCUACCGUCUGCGCUGGAACUCGACUUGCUGCCGGGCGGACAGCUGCAACGUGCCCGAGAUCACCCUGCAGCCCAGCUCCGGGGUGCCCAAUGGGCUGCGCUGCCGGUCGUGCUUUGCCCGCGGCUCGGACGUCUGCGUGCCCACCGAGGUGCUGAACUGCACGGGCCUGCAGACCCGCUGCAUCCAAUUUGCCGCCACCGCCGGCGCAGGGUUCGAGGGUCUCCGCGUGGCCUUCAUGGGUUGUGCCACCCGCAGCCUGUGUGACGUGGGCGCCGUGGCCCUGUUCGCCUCCCAGCGCCAGGCCAUGCUCAAGACCAACCUGUGCAGCACGGCGGGGGCGGCCCGGGGGGGGCUGCCCCUCCUCAGCCUGGGGGGGCUGCUCCUCUGGGCGCUGCGCCCCUGA